UUUAUGACGUGAAUAUUCAUUUAAAAAUAAGCCAAUCAAAUCGUAGCAAUCUUCAGUCGUUAGGAAGGUGUUUAAAAAUGGCUGACAUCGAUCGAGCGAUUGUAAAUAUACAACAACAAUUAAACAUCUCGUUAAAAAAUGAACAGAAAGAAAUACUGGAGUUGAUCCUACAGAAGAAAGACUGCGUUGGUGUAUUGCCCACGGGUUUUGGGAAGAGUCUUCCGUAUCAGUUGUCCAUAUUAACAAGACAGGGACUGACGGAAUCAGCUGAUCGAGUUGGGAAAGUUAUCGUGUGUUCUCCACUAGUAGCACUGAUGAAGGAUCAAGUCCAACGUGUGCACAGACUAACAGGAUGUAGAGCCGAGAUACUAGGCAAUGACAAGACAGGUGAUUUUGCCAUUAGAGAUGGUAAAGUGGAUUUCAUAUUUGGAUCCCCAGAGACUCUUGUUGGGAACAAAGAGUGGAGGUCUUCGUUGCAGAAACUUCAAGUUGACACCAUAGUAGUGGAUGAAUUUCACACAAUAGCAACAUGGGGUACAGAUGAAGACAACCAAAAGAAAGCAUUUAGAAAAUGGUUUUCUCACAUAGGAGAGCUUAGAUCUCUAUUUCCCAAAGCUUCUGUUGUGGCUCUCAGUGCUACAUGCACUCUGAAGAUUCAACAUAGAGUGAUGAAAGUUUUAUGUUUGUCACCAUCUACCAAGGUGAUCAAACUUCCACCAAAUCCAACCAAUGUAAAACUCUGUGUCUCCAAGGUGCCUUACAAUAUAGAACAUUCUAUGGCAUUUCUUGCAGAUGCAAUCACGGAUUCCAAUUUUCCGAAAACGCUGAUGUACUGUACUUCAAUAACAGACUGUGCAGCCAUAUAUAAUUAUUUGUGCAAAGAACUACCAGACUGUGAAAUUGAAAUGUACCACUCUGAAACAGAACAGGAAAAAAAGGAUUCAAUACUUGGAUUAUUACAGGACCCAUCAUCUAAAUGGAAGCUCAUUAUAGCGACCAAUGCACUGGGCAUGGGGAUUGAUGUUAAAGACUGUCACUCUCUCAUCUUAUUUGGAGCUCCAAGAUUAAUCGUGGAUUUAUUACAGGAGAUUGGGAGAGUGGGAAGGGAUCAGCAGCCUUCUCUUGCCUUACUACUGCAUCAUGGACACCAUUUGAGUCACGUCGAAACGGAAGUAAAAGAAUUUUACAAAGCUGCCACUUGUCGAAGACAGAUGUUGAUGACCAACUUCUUAUCAGAAUCCGAGAUGAAUUCGGUGAAAGUCCAGAGUGGCAACCACACUUGUUGUGACUUGUGUAUAAAAGACUGUUCAUGUUUAAACUGUACGGAUAUGUUAUAUCUGGAGAAGUCUUUCCUUGGGAUAAGCAUAGACAGUGCCGAUAGUGUCGAUAGUACAGACUCUGACUCUGAUUUCUCUGAAGAGCUGCUUGUAGGUGAUGAUUAUGAUGAGUAA